AAAAAAAAGGUCAACACACUCACCGUGCAUUUCCUCAUAGCCACACACAAAACAGCCACAAAAACAACCACUCAAAAUAUUCUUCAACAGUUUUUAACAAUAAUAACAAAUAUAUAUUACUAACAGUACAGUUUUUCAAUGACGCAUUGUGAUCCUUCCCCGUUGACUUUAUUUCUAACCCAUACAAAUCUACUAAUUGUAUUUAUAUUGGGAAAGAUCAGCGAUUUGUUUCAUAUUCUCUUCAUUGGUCCGAUCGAUAAAACAAAUUAUGAAAGGUUUCCUGAUGAAGCUAGUAAGAAACCCCUCGUAGAUGAUGAUUUCUUUGUGAGAAGAAUCUAUGGGAAAUGUUCUGAUUGUUUCCACAGACCGAUUGCAAGCAGACCAUCUUCACAUAUUCAAGUCAUGAUGAGAAAUCCAAACACUGAAAGAGUUGCAAAUAUUGACACGAAUGGUAAAUUGAAAAGUUGUUUAAAUAUGGCUAGUUAUAAUUAUCUAGGAUUUUCUGAAAGUCCUUCACAUGUAGUUGAUCAGGUUUUGGAGAGUUUUGAUAAAUAUGGUGUUGCUUCUGGUUCUGCAUAUUCUGAAUAUGGUUAUACUCCAAUUCAUAGAGAAUUGGAAAAGAGAGUUGCUAGAUUUAUUGGAAAGGAAAGUGCAAUGGUUGUGUCCAUGGGAUUUGCAACCAAUUCUACAGUUAUUCCAUUAUUGGCUCCAACUAGAGAUUGUCUCAUCUUGUCCGAUUCUUUGAACCAUUCAAGUAUUGUGAAUGGAACUAGAGCUUCAGAAGGUACUCCAACAGUUCUUCGUUUCAGACACAAUGAUAUGGAUCAUUUGGAGAAAUUAUUGAGAAAGAACAUUAUUGAUGGUCAACCAGGACCAGGAAAUAGAAAACCAUGGAAGAAGAUUAUUGUCAUUGUUGAGGGAAUUUACAGUAUGGAAGGUGAAAUUGUCAAUUUGAAAAGAGUAGUUGAAUUGAAGAAGCAAUACAAGUUCCAUCUCUAUGUGGAUGAGGCUCAUUCGUGUGGAGCUUUGGGUAAAACUGGAAGAGGUGUUUGUGAACAGCAAAAUGUUGACCCAAAGGAUAUUGACAUCUUGAUGGGAACCUUUACAAAGAGUUUUAAUUCUGUGGGAGGAUACAUUUCUGGAGAUGCUGAGGUCAUUGAUUAUUUGAAAAAAUCUUGCUUUGGAUUGAUUUAUGGUACUUCAAUAUCAAUUCCUUGUGCCCAACAGGCAUUGUCAGCUCUCACUUGCAUUAUGGGUGAAGAUAACACAAGUAUUGGAAAGGAAAAAUUAGACCAAUUGAGUUUCAAUACCAAUUACUUUGGGGAUUCUUUGAAAAAACUUGGAUUUGAAAUUAUUUCAGAUAGAGAUUCACCUGUUAUCGUCAUGAUGAUUUAUCACUUGACAAAAUUGAUUGCAUUUUCUAGAAUUUGCCUCGAGAGAGGAAUUGCCAUUGUUAUUGUUGGUGCUCCUGCUUGUCCAACUGCUUUGGCCAGAGUAAGAUUCUGCAUUUCUAGUGCUCACACAAAGAAGGAUUUAGAUGAUUGCUUAGUUGAAUUGGAAAGAAUUGGAAAUGAUACCAUGACAAGAUACAAAAUGCAUGACAGUCACUUGAUCAAUGAAUUUGUACAAAUUGUAUUAUAAACGAGUUAACUUGGAUAUGAAAUUUU